AUGGGUAGUGCGAAUUUGGAGUUGCAUGUGCGAAUCUUUGUCACCUCCUUCGUGAUUCUCACGGGGACUUUCUGUGUUGGAGAUACCGACAUGGUUGAUGUUGCAGCAAUCAAUAGUCUAUAUGUUUCUCUGGGCUCACCACCUCUUCAAGGGUGGAAAGCCGUGGGUGGAGAUCCAUGUUUGGAACUGUGGCAAGGUGUGGCUUGUGUCUUCUCCAACAUAACUGCCAUACGACUUGGAGGCAUGAAUUUGAGUGGGCAGCUGGGCAGCAAUUUGAAUUUCCCAUCCAUUAUAGAAAUUGAUCUUAGCAACAACCACAUUGAAGGGUCCAUUCCAUUUACUUUGCCCCCUACUCUGAGGAGCUUGUCUCUCUCAGGAAACAAAUUAACUGGAAGCAUACCAGAUGCCUUGUCCUUACUAACUCAAUUAUCAAACUUGGACUUGUCAAAUAACAACUUGAGUGGUCAGCUGCCUUCUUCAACUGGGAGUUUAUCAUCUCUUACCACAUUACACUUGCAAGACAAUCAACUUUCUGGGACCCUUUAUGUUUUGCAGGACCUGCCUCUUCAAGACCUGAAUAUAGAGAACAAUUUAUUCUCUGGGCCAAUUCCUCCAAAAUUAUUGACUAUCCCUAAUUUCAGAAAAGAUGGGAAUCCAUUUAAUACUACUAUUAUUCCUUCACCUCCUGCUGCUGCCCCUGCACCUGUAGCUAUGCCUCCACCCCCCAAAGAAUCACCUUGGAAAGUGGCAAAUGGUCCUUUUGCCCUGACAGCGCCAAUGCCUGCAAGCACUAGGAAGUCUUUUAUAGCUAAGAGGGUCAUUUUGAUUGCUGGUGCAGGUUUUCUAAUAUUUAUUGCAUUGGGGCUUUGUCUGUUAAUGUUGUGGUGCUUUAAGCGAAGGCCGAAGAAGAGAAAUACUAAGAAACUUGCUGCGGGUGUGUUUGCGGGGCCUCUGAAUAAACCUACAUGCAGUGACUCUGUUUAUGAAGCAACUAAUCAAGGGGAGAAAGGUAAAUAUGAAGUACCAAAUAGAAAAACAAAUUUGAUUCCUAAAGUUCAGGAUGCACAAGACAUACACAUGAAAGCAGUAUCUGCAACAACUUCAGAAUACAACGAUGGUCGUGAAUCAAUUAACACUGGAGGGGGUUCCAAACUUCCAUCCCUGCAGCCACCACCACAACACUCUCUCCCAACCAUUCCUGGUGAAAAGGUCAUCGUUAAUCCAGCUAUAACUAUCAAAGUAACUGAAAGACAAGAUAUGACAAAUUCCAUCAAAGUGUAUACUAUUGCAUCCCUUCAGCAAUAUACGAAUAGCUUUUCCCAAGAAAACUGUAUUGGGGAAGGCACACUCGGGCCUGUUUAUCGAGCUGAGCUCCCUGAUGGAAAGCUAUUGGCAGUCAGGAAACUGGAUGCUACUGCUUCCAUGGGGCAGAAUCAUGAACAAUUUCUUCAGUUGGUGUCCAGCAUCUCGAAAAUUCAGCACACAAAUAUUGCAAGGCUUGUGGGCUACUGUGCUGAGUAUAGCCAACGACUACUUGUAUAUGAGUAUUGCAGUAAUGGGACCCUACAUGAUGCACUGCAUGCAGAUUAUGAUCACUGUAUCAAACUUCCAUGGAAUGCACGCGUUCAAGUGGCACUUGGAGCUGCAAGAGCUUUAGAAUAUAUGCAUGAGGACUUUCAGCCACCAAUUGUACACCGGAAUUUUAGGUCUGCAAAUGUUCUUCUGAAUGACAAUUUGGAAGUGUGCAUUUCUGAUUGUGGAUUAGGGCCUUUACUAUCUUCUGGCUCUACCGGUCAGUUAUCAGGACGCCUCCUUACAGCUUAUGGUUACAGUGCUCCAGAAUUUGAGUCUGGAAGUUAUACGCAGCAAAGCGAUGUCUUCAGUUUUGGUGUCGUAAUGCUAGAACUCCUCACUGGACGAAAAUCCUUUGACAAGUCACGGCCACGCGGAGAGCAAAUUUUGGUCAGAUGGGCAGUUCCUCAACUACAUGACAUUGAUGCAUUGUCAAAAAUGGUUGACCCCUGCUUAAAUGGAGCCUAUCCUAUGAAGUCAUUGUCACGUUUUGCUGAUAUUGUUUCUUCUUGUGUACAGCGUGAACCCGAAUUCCGGCCAGCAAUGUCUGAAAUUGUUCAAGAUCUCAUGCGAAUGAUGUAAAAGGACAUGUAACUAUCUGUGAGAAGAUGAACUCAACCAGGAAAUGGAGC